GCCUCCGCCGAGCAGCCGGGCAGCCGCCUUCCCCCCGCGCCGGUCCCCGCGCCCGGGCCGGGGCUAGGCCCCCCACCGCCGGGUCCCCCGGGGCUGCAGCAGCAGCGGCGGCGGCGGCGGCGGCGCCACCCGCGGUUCCCGCCGGGGCCCGGGCGCCGGCCCCGCUCUGCAGGAUGGGCACGGUGCUGUCGCUGUCCCCCGCCUCCUCGGCCAAGGGCCGGAGGCCCGGCGGGCUGCCGGAGGAGAAGAAGAAGGCGCCGCCCGCGGGGGACGAGGCGCUGGGGGGCUACGGGGCGCCGGCCGGAGGCAAGGGCGGCAAAGGCGAGAGCCGGCUCAAACGACCGUCCGUGCUCAUCUCGGCGCUCACCUGGAAGCGCCUGGUGGCCGCGUCGGCCAAGAAGAAGAAAGGCAGCAAGAAGGUGACGCCCAAGCCGUCGUCCACGGGCCCCGACCCCCUGGUGCAGCAGCGCAACCGCGAGAACCUUCUCCGCAAGGGCCGAGACCCCCCCGACGGCGGCGGCGGCGGCGGCGGCGCAGCCAAGCCCCUCGCCGUGCCGGUGCCCACCGUGCCCGCCGCCGCGGGCGCGGGCGCGGGCGCGGGCGAGCCGCCGUCGGGGGGCAGCGGGGCCGCCCCGGCGCCGGGCUCGGGCGGGGGCAAGCCGCCGCCGCCGCCGCCGCCGCCCCUCGGCCCGCAGGCCGCGCCGCCCGCGCCCGGCGGCACCCCGCGCCGGGUCAUCGUGCAGGCGUCCACGGGCGAGCUGCUGCGCUGCCUGGGCGACUUCGUGUGCCGCCGCUGCUACCGCCUCAAGGAGCUGAGCCCCGGCGAGCUGGUGGGCUGGUUCCGCGGCGUGGACCGCUCGCUGCUGCUGCAGGGCUGGCAAGACCAGGCCUUCAUCACGCCCGCCAACCUGGUGUUCGUGUACCUGCUGUGUCGCGAGUCGCUGCGCGGGGACGAGCUGGCGUCGGCCGCCGAGCUGCAGGCCGCCUUCCUCACCUGCCUCUACCUCGCCUACUCCUACAUGGGCAACGAGAUCUCCUACCCGCUCAAGCCCUUCCUCGUGGAGCCCGACAAGGAGCGCUUCUGGCAGCGCUGCCUGCGCCUCAUUCAGCGGCUCAGCCCGCAGAUGCUGCGGCUCAACGCCGACCCGCACUUCUUCACGCAGGUCUUCCAAGACCUCAAGAACGAGGGCGAGGCCGCCGCCGCCGGGGGUCCCCCAGGCGGGGGCGCGCCCGUGGCCCCCGUCGCCGCCGCCGCCGCCGCCGCCGCCGCCUCCUCCUCGGCCGCCAGGGACAGCUGCGCGACCGGGGCCAAGCACUGGACUAUGAACCUGGACCGCUAGAGAGAGCCGAGGGCCGUGCCCGCACCCCCGCCCCAGCCCCGGCCCGAGGGGGGCCCGCCC